AUGUCAUAUACAAAAGAGCAGGAGGCAAUUGUACUAAAAGUUCUUUCAUAUAAAAGUCAUCAAUUUUAUGAAAUAUUAUCAGUUAAAAAAACAUCAGAAGAAGGAGAAAUUAAAAGAUCAUAUAGAAAAUUAGCAAUAAAAUGUCAUCCAGAUAAAAAUCCUCAUCCAAGAUCAUCUGAAGCAUUCAAAGUAUUGAAUAAAGCAUGGGAAGUUUUAAGUGAUCCUCAAAAAAAGACAAUUUUCGAUCAAACUGGUUCUGAUCCAACUUCAAGAUUUUCAGGUGCUUCAACUUCUAGUUCAAGUCCAUUUGCAUCAGGUAGAAGUGGGUUUGCAAGUGCUGGUGGUGGAGCACAUCCAUUUGAAGAUGAUUUAUUUAAUAUGUUUUUUGGAGGUGGAGGUGGAAAUAGUCCUUUUAAUUCAGGUCCAACUUUUACAUUUGGAGGUAAUGGUUUUACAUUUCAAUCAUUUGGAGGUGGACAAGAUCCAUUCAUGAGACAUAGAAGAACAACAAGAAGAGCAGCACCAAGACCACCACAACAAAAUAGAGAUCAAGCACAAUCACCACAAUCACUUUGGGAAGGAUUAAAAGGUUUAUUACCAAUACUAUUAAUAUUAAUUGUACCAAUAUUAUCAGCAUUAUUUUCAGACGAUACAUCACCGGAUUAUUCAUUUGUACCAAGUAGAGAAUUUAAUGUAGAGAGAAGAACUCCACGUCAUAAUAUACCAUUUUUUGUAAAUGAUCAUUUUACAAAAAAAUAUGAAAAUAAAUCAAGACAACAAUUAAGAAAUUAUGAUGUAAAAGUUGAAAAUUUAUUUAUACAAGAUAAAAGAGCUAAAUGUUCAAGAGAACAAAUACGUAAAGAUCAGUUAAUUGAAGAUGCUGUUGGAUGGUUUACAACUGAUACUGAAAAAUUAAAACAAGCUGAAAAUAUGCCAAUGCCUAAUUGUGAUGUACUCAGAUCUUUAAAUCUUAUAUGA